AUGGGAAGCGUUGAGUGCUGCUAAAACUCUUCUCGUGUUGAUACAAUUAAAUUUGAUGAUCUUGAUUCCUCAAGUUAAGCAUCAUUUUAAUAAAAAAAUGAAGAUAAGUUUUCACCAAGAGCCAGCUCUCCUGGUUAAGAAGCACUCCCUCUUUAAGUUAAUUAAAGAUAACCUUUGAUGUAUUAAAAGCAUACUUGUGUAUUUACUGCCUUAUAAUCUUACUCUUUUAAAACUAUAUCUUCAGAACAUCAUUUCUCUAACUUUAUUACAUUCUAAGCACUUCCCUCUCCUAGAGAUUAACAACCUUAUAAAAAUUAAACUCAUAAAUCAAACCUUUUAGAAGACCUAAAUGAAAUUCAACAUUAAUUGAGUGAUGAAUUGUAAAGUAAUCACUACAUUCAUUGACCCCCACAAUAUAGAAAAAUUAUGUG